AUGCCGUGGUGCUCGAGCUGCUGCAAAUCUCGCGACGACGACGACGUGAGCGACAAGGAUCCGAAAUCGCCGAAUCGCACAGAUCCUUAUUCCGAAGAAGUGGAGAAUCAUUCUUACGAGUGGGACUCCUUGUAUUUCCCGACGACGUUCUGUUGUGAAGAGUCAGAUGACUCAGAGAGUUCGGAGUCAGGGGAGGAGGCGGAUGGCGAGUCCUUGCCUCUGGAAUCCUUGCUCGGGUCGUGGGCCUGUGUGGACACAUGGGGCUUGGAGGACUUCCUCAAGGGCAAUGGUGUUGGCAUGAUGGAGCGGAUGAUUGCCACGAAGGCCAAGUGGCCCCGCUGGGAAUUUUGCCGAUCCGAAGACCACAUCCUGUUUCUCAACCACGCAAUGGUCGGAGUUUUGAAGGAGGAGAUGUUCUUGGAUCGCGAGUACCAGCAGACGGAUGGAAGAGGAAAUGUGUGGGCGAGUCGAACGGAGUGGGUCGCUGAAUCGGAUGGAGCCUGUGUACUUCGAACAAGCAGAACUGGCAAGAUGGGUGCUUUCGUUGAAGAGAGGCGCAUCAAGGGAGAGACUUUGGAGUUCACUUUGAAACAAGCUUCGGGCCUGAGUUGGGGCCGGUCUUUCCGACGAGAAAGGUGA